AUGCCGAGAAACUUCCGCAAGCGGGGCAUCGAGCCGGACACUGACGACCGCUCCGACGACGAGGACACUCGCCGCGUCGCCCUCGAGGAGAUCAAGUACAUGCAGAAGCUCCGGGAGAGGAAGCUGGGUAUCCCCGCCGGCCCCGCCGCCGCAUCCACUAACGGGUCCUCCGCCCGUGGUCGAGUGGGCAGCGGGGCAGCGGCCGCCGGUGAGGCUGAGAAGGAGGACCUCGUCCUCCAGGACACCUUCGCUCAGGAGACCGCCGUCACCAUCGAGGACCCCAACAUGUUGAGGUAUGUGGAAACGGAGCUGGCGAAGAAGAGGGGUAAGAUAGUUGAUGUGGGACACAAGGAAGAGAUGGACCAUGUGGACGAGCUCUACACUGUGCCAGACCACCUCAAGGUGAAGAAGAAGAACUCAGAGGAGAGCUCGACACAAUGGACCACUGGCAUUGCUGAAGUUCAGCUGCCCAUUGAGUACAAAUUAAGAAAUAUCGAAGAAACUGAGGCAGCUAAAAAGGUGCUGCAAGAGAAAAGGCUUGCGAGUAAACCAAAAUCAGAUGCAAACAUUCCAUCAAGUUACAGUGCUGAUUAUUUCCACCGUGGUAAAGAAUAUGAUGAGAAACUGCGAAGAGAGAAUCCUGGGUUGUACAAAGAUAAUGAUUCUCGGCCUAGUGGAAGUUCAGGAGGCAAAGCAACAGAUACUAAAAAACCAGAUGGUGUUGGUGCAGGACGGAGAGAAGCUGCGAGUGAUGAGUUCAUGCUUCAGCGUUUCCGCAAACGAGAAAAAUUCCGUGCACUUCGAAGAUAG